UUGUGACUAUUUUUGACGAAAGUUAAACAUGGAGAAAAUUUGUUGUAUCUUAUUCAUGAUGGUCAUUGGGUGUCUGUCCAGUGAACUAGUAUACACAGACUGCAACAAGAAUCAGCACGUGCUUCAUGUCAAUUCUGCGAGCCUGAGCCCAUACCCGCCAAAAAUACCAGGUAAUCUGACAGUUUCCGGUCAACUGGAACUUGGGAAAAAUAUUUCCGGAAACAUUAAGCUUGAAGUCAGCAUUCACAAGAAGGAACUUUUCCUCUGGAUCCGUGUCCCUUGUGUAUCUGGCGUUGGAAGUUGCACGUAUGAUUUCUGCAGCUUGUUGACAUCAAAUUUCGUUAGCAACGGAGAAGUAUCAUGUCCUUCGGAAAUGAAAGCACAGAAUCUCUCCUGCACAUGCCCAAUACAAGCCGGAACAUACACGCUGAAACCAGUCGUUAUACAAAUUCCAAAAAUGUCGGGUAUAAUGUCGGAUCUGAUGUCGGGAGAAUACAAAGUUGAUGCAAAACUUGUAAACAAAGAUACCGGAGAGCAGCUAGGAUGCUACCAUGUUGAAAUUACUUUAGAUCAUUCCUGUUCAGGAUUUGGUUGUAUUCUUGGAUGAUUAAUGUCUGCUAUCAACCAAAUUAAAAUAUAAAAAAGUGGAAA